CGGCUUCAAACAGUCUGACAAACAGCGCUUUACUACAAGCACACUCAACACGCAUGACAACAGAAACCUCCCAAACUAUUUAUCCCGACAAGCAAAUUGUGACAGGCGUUCAGUCCUCGGCUCGAUACGAAAGGCUUUGAAGUUUCCCUGAAACAACCCGACAGAAAACGCUCGUUGAAGAGAGUGAAAGACGUUUUUUUUUUAAUCUUUUUUUCUUCUGUGGAGGAGGAGGAGGAGGAGGAGGAUUUGUUGAUGAAAAAAGGUAAAGAAGCAACAAGGACCCUGUGGCAGCGUCGAACAUUUUUUUUUGUGUGUGUGUGAUUGUGUGUGUGUGGAAGAAACGAGAAGAGUAGUAGAAAAGUAGACGUGUCGGUGCACGAGGAGCUGUUACUGUGCAUGUUUUGUGUUUCAUGUGAGAGACUCCGAUAGAAGAUUCCUCCUCUGGUCAUUACUGCUGACUGUAAUAUCACUCAGAGUAAUAAAAGUGUCUCAGAGGAGCCCGGAGAAGACGGGACAGCUCAGAGAUAUUCCUGCGGUCUAUGAGCUGCAGUUGCUGCCUGAAUGCAGAAGAAACACUGAGCUGUUCUCCAGACCUCCCUGCUGCUCCAAGGGAGAUUGUCAGAUGUGUACCCAGCACUCACAGCCCCUGGCCAGGCCGCGGGGAUGGCAGCGUCUGCCCUGAACCUGAACAGCCUCAGAGUCAUGAACAGCAAUAAUCAGUUCCACACCCAGCCAGGCUCCUCGAGCAGAAACUCAGCGGCAAGAACCAGUCCAGUUGGUCGACCUGUGCUGCCAGUUCCGGACCGGAGUACCUACUCUCAGCUACUGGGUGGAGGUCUCUACAGCCCCACCAGCCCCAAGACAAGCCCUACAUCCCUUGGUGGAGCUUUCGUCUUCCCCCCUUCCUCCCCACUCUCUCCCAGCUCCUCCCCUCGCGCUCGCUCCCCUUCCCCGCGGAGUCCGGACCUUCUCGGAGUCAAUGUGGGCCAGCGGGUCCGACGACUGAGCUCGCCCGGCUGUGAGGAGAGAGGGGACGGAGAAGGGCAGGAGGACAGGGGACGGGAGACUGGAGGAGGAGAGAGGCGAGAGGAGAAGAGACGUCAGGCACAACUGCUGCAGAUACACAGGGAGCUGCAGAACGUCGAGGUCAGGGGGAAAGUGGGAAUAUUUGAGGCCCACAUAUCGGGAAUUCGUGCCCAGGUGCUCAACAGUGAGCUUCAGCGCAGCCCUCGGUCUCCACGAAGAUCGACGAGCCAAUCACCAGCCCAUUCCAGCCAAGGAAACCCGGCUCCUGAAUCCUCAAUGAUCCACCAUCCAGAGAGUAAAGUCCCCCCUGUGGUCCAAAAUGGAAGAGAAACUGAGAAGGAAACCAUGGAGGGAGAAAGUAGGGAGAUAGGGAGACAGGAAGGUGAAAAGAAGGACAGUGGUGCAACAGAAGAAAACACAGGGAACAAGACACUCAUCGGUCAAAAUGGCUGCAUUUCUGAAACAAAAAUCCAAAAUCCCCUUUUAGAUGGGCUGUGUGACGUUCAGGCUUCCAUUGAGACAUUAAACCUGGAUUGGAAAACAAAUAGUGAGAAAAAUGAUGGCGAAAGACUGGGAGAAAAGGAUGACGAAAAACAGGGAGGAGAGAUAGAAAACAAUCAAAUACUGGGAGACAAAAAAGAGAGGAGAGAGAGAGAAUUAAAAAAUGAGACAGAGGACCACUUGUGUCAUGAAAUGACGCACCAGAAAGAGGCAAACAGGUUGGAUAUUAAUCCUGAAACACCUUCCUUUUCUCUUACUCCAAGCAAUGAGAUCUCCUCAUGUUUGAUGGACAACAAAGAUCACACCUCCAACCACUCUCUUUCUGUUCCUCCCUCCAUCCCGCCCUCUAUCCCUGCUGUCAUUAUAACUGACCACGGUUUGGAAAGCCCACCUCAAACUUCUGAAGGCUCCAGCUCAGACCAGGGACUAAGCUGCACCCCCAGCCCAGGUUCAAGCCCAGUCCCUGGGUCGAACUUUUCCACCCGUUCCCUCAGGAAGUUGUCGUCCUCCUCGGCCUCCUCGGCGGGGUUCUCCUCGUCCUGGGAAGAGUCGGAGGAGGAUAUUUCCAGUGAUACAGAGAAAGGAGAGCAGCUUCUCAACCCUGCUCUCCUGACCUCCAAACAGAAAGCGCACAAGUCAUGGAAGAAGAUUAAGAACAUGGUCCAUUGGUCUCCGUUUGUCAUGUCUUUCAAGAAGAAAUACCCCUGGAUACAACUGGCUGGACAUGCAGGGAGCUUCAAAGCGGGAGCUAACGGGAGAAUUUUAAAAAAACACUGUGACUGUGAGCAGCGCUGUUUGUCCCUCCUGAUGAGGGACGUUCUGCGCCCGUUUGUCCCUGGUUACCAUGGAGACGUAGAGAAAGAUGGCCAGAAAUACAACCAGAUGGAGGAUCUGCUUGCCGAGUUUGACUUCCCAUGUGUGAUGGACUGCAAAAUGGGAGUGAGGACCUACCUUGAGGAAGAGCUGACUAAGGCUCGCAAGAAGCCUUCACCGAGACCCGACAUGUAUCAGAAAAUGAUCGAGGUUGACCCCGAGGCGCCGACGCCUGAGGAGAACGAGCAGAAAGUGGUGACUAAACCCAGAUACAUGCAGUGGAGAGAGACCAUCAGCUCAACGGCCACCCUGGGGUUCAGGAUAGAGGGAGUCAAGAAGGAAGAUGGGACUGUGAACAGAGAUUUUAAGAAAACUAAGACGAGAGACCAAGUAACUGCAGCCUUUCAGGACUUUGUCAAAGGAAACAAGGACAUACUGAACUGUUAUUUAACCCGGCUGAAGGAAAUCAAAGACACUCUGGAGACCUCCUCGUUCUUCAAAGCUCACGAGGUGAUUGGCAGCUCCCUGUUAUUCGUCCACGACAGUAAGGGGCGGGCUAAAGUCUGGAUGAUCGACUUUGGGAAAACCACGCCUCUUCCUGAAGGGGACGAACUGACGCACCGAGCAUCAUGGGUAGAGGGAAACAGAGAAGAUGGUUAUCUCAUUGGACUUGAUAGCAUGCUGGACAUCAUUACUACAAUGGUGAACUCUGAGACCUGAAGUCUGAGGGUCUUUUUAAUUUAAACCAAGAGGACACUUUUACACACACAAAACACUUCCAUUCAUUCUUCCUUUUCUCUCCUGGGAACACUUUUCACACUCUCAAGGAUUUCUCCGUCUGUCCUCAUGUUGGACCCCACUUCAUGACAUCACAAUACCCCUCUAAAUCAAUUCAUUAAUGACACUUAUUUUCAAUUUUUGAUAUAUUUCAGGCAGAGAUUUUAACCAGUCAUAGCAGAAAAAAAUUCACGUAUGUGGCUAAACAACUUUUAUAAUUAAGUUUGUGAAGUGCUAAAGUAAGCUAUUCAUGUUUUUCUGCUAUGACAUGUAAGAAGUCUGCUGUAAAAAGAAGCACAUUUUUACAUUUAACCUGAAAUAAACAGAAUUCAAUGCUCCAAUUAAAAACUUCUAGAUCACAUUUUACACAUUAAAGGCUAAAACUGGUGAUAUUUUAUAUUUUUUUAUGGUAAACAAAUCCCCUUACAAGACCAAAAGCUGUUCCAUUCUUCAAUGAGUACCUAACCUGUUAGGAGCCACAAGCUCAGAGACAGUUCUCCCCUGCUAAAAACAUAAAUCUUAGAAAAUAGACAGGUUUUAUUUUUGGAUGAAGUGCAGUGAUGCUAAGGAUAUAAUAUAAACAACCACAUAAAUUCACCUCCUGUAACAGAAGAACAUACAAUAGAGUAGAAGAGAAAAACGCUCUUCAUUCACCAAAGGCUUGAGCAGAGUUUAAUCAUAGCUCAACAUUUAAUUGAACAUGUAAAAUCAUUCUGACACUAAACACUUAAAAAUAAUAAAUGUUCCUUUUAGAGAAAGAUCUCAGAAAAACAGUAAAAACUGCAUGUAUCUUUUUUUUUCAAUUCCAAAGUAGCUUCACCUUGUAAAGGGCUUCUUCAGCAUACAAAUAUUACCUGGACCAUGACAGAAAAUUGCAGAUGAACAUUAAACAUCAAGUAAUUGUCAUUCUGGACACCCUGCAGCGACUCUGAAUUACUUUUCUAUUAAGAUUACUCUGGGGGCUUUGUGGCCUUGACAGCUUUAGAGAUACAGAACAUUUGGGGAGAGAGAGUGGGGGACAUGCUGAUCGGGUGUUGAGUGCGUCAGGGACUGUAGCCUCUGUACAUGAGGCACCUGCUCUUCAGACUGAGCUACACCUGUGCCCCGACUCCUCACCACUUUAUCCCAAAAGAUGCCUUAUUGAUGUUUUAAACUCUUAAGCACAAAGUAACCUGUGGCUACACAGACAAUACCUGUAGGACCAAUUCAUUCAUAUUUUAAGUGUAUAAAUAGGAUUUUUUUUAAUGAUAAAAAAAGGAAAAAUGAAAUAUCACCAGAAUUAUAAUUUUUUAACCCCUAGGUGUAUCAUUUGAAAACACAUAAACUGGUAUAAGUAUCAAGAAUUUGAUAGAUCAGCAAUUAUGAUAACCUUGUCAAGAAAGUGUACAUGUAGUGGCUUUGAAAACAUGAGUUCAAACUCUGAUAUUUUCACAUGUAAUGCCUUACACACCAAAUCUACUCCCUUUUAACAGUUAUCCCUCUUUAGCAUAGAUGUUAUAUUUGAAUUUGACUUAGAUUGACAUGUUUUUAACAGUUAAAUUGUUUUGUUUUUUGUCGUAUGACCACAUCCUAAGCACAUUCCUCUUCUCUCUUAGAAAACUUAAUGCACCUCAUUACAUUUCCACUGUUAGAGAUUGUGCACUUUAAUGUGUUUUUACUGAUACAAAACAUGUUUUUAAGUGUGUUUAACAUUGAAAACUAUUCUUUAGCGUUUUUUCUCCACUGCUUAACCAGUGGCUGAAUUUAGAUACUGUAUAUUUGUCAGAGAGGGAUUAUAGGUUUGGAAGAGAGUUGUAAUUAUGUGAAACAAGAAAGUACAUCUCACAGUAGUUUCAGUAAGUGCAUCAGUAUAUUUGCUUUCCAUUAGUCUCACCCUGGCCAAACAGCUCUCGUCACUCUCACACGUUGUUGGGAUUGUUCACAAUGUACAUGAUGAACUUUGAUGUAGUUAUGUAAGAUAGUUUUAAUUUACUCAAACCCUGUGGAACACUUACAGCCAUGAACAAUCGUAUUACAGCUCACCAGUGCCUUCUUUACAUUACAAAGCCAAGACAGAAAACUGAAAACAUUUUCUUACUUUUAUCUGUUACAAUGGAAGUUUCUCAAAAGUCUUAACUGUUUGUUUUUGUGCUUAGUCUUACAUGGGUGCAUGUUUACUAUCCUCUUAGAGUUACAUCUUACUUUUUAUUAUAUUAUUUAUAACAUUAUAAAACAUUUUGUUUAGUUAAUGGAAUACUGUGACAUUUGAAUUUCCGGGCUGUGUUGUUGUUUUGUGUUCACGCAUGUGUUACAAUAUGAGUAAAAGUCAAACUAUUGGGAAAGUCGCAGACAUAGUGACAUAUUCAAAGUUCAAACCACUGGAUGUGGUUGUAAAAACAUAUUUGUUGAUUGGAUUAUGAUACUCAAGAAUAAACAACUUUUUGGGCAGA